AUGAUCCCCUCCAGUCAAUCCAUACUCAGUGUUAAGCUCAUCAACCCCGUCAAUGCCGGCCCCUCCCGCCUCCACCGCUUCAUGGCCCCGGCGGUGCCGGGCAUGGAGUCCCACGCCAAUUUCCCCUCAUUCUCCUUUCUGUUAGAACACGCAGCGUCUGGUCGCAAAUUGGUCUGGGAUCUGGGCAUCCGCAAAGAUUACCAAAACUACUCGCCGAAAAUUGCCUCGUACAUUCCGACGACGGGAUAUGAUAUCCAGGUGGAGAAGAACGUGGCUGACAUUCUGGCCGAGAAUGGCGUGCGGGGUGAGGAUGUGGAGGCGGUGAUUUGGAGUCACUGGCACUGGGAUCACAUCGGCGACCCAUCCACCUUCCCCUCAACCACCGACCUCGUCGUGGGGCCUGGGUUCAAAGAAGCCCUACUCCCAGGGGCCCCCGCCAACCCAGACUCCCCCAUCUCAGAAAGCGAUUACUCAAAUCGCAACCUACGAGAAAUAACAUUCACCGGCCCCAACACGCUCCAAAUCGGCCCCUUCCGCGCCUACGACUACUUCAGCGACGGCUCCUUCUACCUCCUCGACACCCCCGGCCACGCCAUCGGCCACCUCUGCGGCCUGGCCCGCACCACCCCUAGUCCCAACCCCUCUUUCAUCCUCCUCGGCGGCGACGUCUGCCACAACGCCGCCAUCUUCCGCCCUUCCCCGCAACGGCCCAUCCCCGAAACAGUCACCAUUCCGCCCUUCUCCACCCCCUCCGGCAACCGUCCAGGAUACACCAUCUGUCCCGGCCACGCGUGGGAAUCCCUGCAGACGAGCCGCGGCCGCAAGCCGAACCAGCCGCUGUUUGACAUGACCUUUGGCCACGAUGUCCCGCUUGCGAUGAAGACGCGCGAUAGGUUGCAGGAGGUGGAUGCUUUGGAUGAGGUGCUGGUCAUCAUUGCGCAUGAUGCGCAGGUGCGCGACGUGGUGCCGCAUUUUCCGGAGGCGUUGAAUGGGUGGAGGGGGAGUGAGUGGGCUAGAGGGUUGAGGUGGGCGUUUUUGGAUAAUUUGGAGCCGUAUUGGAGGGAGACGGGGAGUUUGUGUUCAUAA